AUCAAGGCCAAUGUUUUGUCAGAUAUCACAACUAACAAGUCCUUUAAGGAAUACGCUCGUGCCUGUUCGUCCAUGAAGGCUUAGAUCGGACCGGCCCAUGUUUUAAAGUUUCGGCCGGUCGUAGUUGGCUCGGUUUUGGUUGCGCGUGUGAGAAAUACCACGUCCAGGUUUCUUAUCAUUAUCUAAGCAAACAGCUUGCGACUUGUCGGCAGAGACGUGACAGGCCUCACGUUGCAAUUUCAGCGUCAAACCACUAGAUAGAGAACGAGGCACGCUAACAAACGCGCGAGGCUCCGGGCGAAAACACGCCGCGAGAGGGCGGUGCACGCGCUUCGCCGCUAACAAAGAAAAAAAAGUUGUUUUGGUCAUUAAAAGCCCGAUAAAAGUACUUUCGCGCCGUUUGCACACUUGAUGCUUUCGGCGGCUCGCGCUCUUUCUGCGGGGCAGCUAAAUGUUCGAGAGCCCCAAAUGGGUUGCGUUACGCGCAAAUAAAUAAAGUGACUGAAAGAAAGUAGCGCAGCAGCACAGAACGAACCCGUUUUUGUUUUGCUCGAACUUCUUCGCUGGGAGGUUCGGGCAUGCUCAGUCAGCUUGUUUUUGUCUAAGAACCUGUAAGCAUCAAUCAUCCGAGCUCUCCAUCCACACCCAGUUAAGAUGUUUAUGAGCAGGCAAGCGAUUCCUGCAAUAGGCCUUACAUAAUAAAAUCAGUAAGACCGCCCACAAGAGUUAAAGCCCGAUCAGGGAACAUGCACAGCUUCAGUUUUGUUUUGAACCCGAAGGCAGAGCAGCUCCCUUUCGCUUGAAUGCGCGCUCUCGCUCUUUUGUCGGACCGAAUCAGACACACUCCGCUCGGGAGAGACCAAAGAUGAUUUUCGACAAGCUGAGAAAGUUCGAUAUAGUGUUCGACUCGCCGGAGCUGGACUGUCCUCCGGUGUUCAGCAGCGGGGACGUCGUCUCGGGGAAGGUCGUGCUCGAGCUCUCCGCGGAGACCAAAGUGGAGUCGCUGAAGCUGCACGCGGAAGGCUUCGCGAAAGUUCACUGGACCGAGUCCCGCAGCGCCGGCUCCAGCACGGCUUACACGCAGAACUACAGCGACGAGGUGGAGUACCUGAACCGGAGAGAAGUUCUGCUGCAGGCAGAUAACGGUGACGCGACGGUCCUGUCUGCCGGGAGACACGAGUACCCUUUCAGUUUCCAGCUGCCGGAGGAGACUCUGGUGACAUCUUUUGAAGGCAAGCACGGUAGCAUUCGGUACUGGGUGAAGGUUAAGCUGCAUCGCCCGUGGGCCACCGUCAAGAAGAUCAAGAAGGAGUUCACCGUCAUUGAGCCCAUUGACAUCAACACGCCAAGUUUGCUGGCGCCUCAAGCUGGAACCAAAGAGAAGAUGGCCCGCAUCUGGUACCGCAACUGCGGUCAGGUGUCGAUCACCGCAAAGAUCGACCGCAAGGGAUACACCCCGGGCGAAGUGAUUCCAGUCUUCGCUGAAUUCGAGAACUCCACGUCUCGCUCCGUGGUGCCCAAAGCUUACAUCACCCAGACGCAGACCUUCAUCGCAAGGGGAACCAUGAAGCAGAAGAAGGCCGUGGUGGCCACGUUGUGCGGGGACAUAGUUGGCGCGCGCCGGAGAGAGACGUGGCACGGCCGGGCCAUCAAAAUCCCUCCAGUCGGCCCCUCCAUCCUUCAGUGUCGCAUCAUUAAAGUGGAAUACAUGCUCAGGGUGUGCAUUGAUGUUCCUGGGACGUCCAAACUUUCCCUGGAGCUUCCUUUGGUUAUGGGCACCAUACCUUUGCAUCCGUUUGGCAGUCGCACGUCUAGCGUAAGCAGCCAGUACAGCGUGAACAUGGAGUGGCUUCGCAUGACCAUCCCCGAGCAGCCUGAGCCUCCUCCGGAUUACAGCUCUGUUGUGUCCGACGAGGAAGCGGUCCAGAACUCCACAGCAGUCCAACCUGAGGAAGAUCUCAGCGGUGUGCUGCAGCGCUCCUUCAUGGCCUACGUGCAGGAGUUUAGAUUACGCCCGCCUCCGGUGUACAGCGAGGUGGACCCGAACCCUCAGCCCUUCACCAUGCGUCCUCGCUGCAUGACCUGUUGAACUCUCUGCCAGCGGAGCAUCGCCUGAUGUUUGAAACAGAAGCCGAGAUUUAAUUCUCCCGGACGCCUCUCUGAGACUGAGAUUGGCACUUGUUCCUCGUUCGAGCCGUUGGCAUCUGUGCUUCCAGCAGCGGGGCCGAGAGAGGAGGAGAUGUCUGGACUAGGCAAGGCAGAGUUGCUUUCAUCGAACAAAGAGGACAUUCAGUACCGGGGGCGAACAAAGGUUCUGCCCACGUUUGUGUCCCAAAGAGCUAUCGGACUCCGGUCUGUGCCUAGAACGAUUGUACGUAGAAUCAGGGAAUUUGGGGCGUGAUCACUAGAGAAUUAUGGGUGAGAAGCCAUGCAGAGAUGCUACCCAUAGUGCCUUGUUUUGCUGUGAACGAGGGCCGAGUCCCUCUUAACCAGCUGCGGUCUGCCACCUUAGAUGUUAGCAGGCGUGUGACGUCGUCCUCUCCCGUCUCUUUCGGCGUUAGCCGAAGAGAUCGGUGUAACAUUCGUGUGAACCGGUAAUUCUAUGCAAAAGGGAAAAACUAGAGCUUUAAGGGGGAAACUGCAAAUCCCGGAUGUAGAAAAUCCCCCUCCCCCCACUUGGAGUUGAUCUUAUGUUGGUAUAAGUUUCAUCUGGCUUGACGGAGGUCAAGCCUGUGACCUGGAAGGUCUUAAUGUCUCGCCGCGCAUAACUUUUGAGCGAAACCAUUGUUUUUUUCUUCGUUGUUUUCAUCGUUGACUUGAGCUAAUAUAUUAAAUGCAGGGCUCAAGCAGCCUUUGACGGUUAGCUUUACAAAUGAUGUGAUAAAAUGCAGAGCCAUGCGUACCCAAGGUGCCUUUUUGUUGUUGUUGUUGUAGACGAAACGAUGAACGACUGCAGGGAUUAUGUCACGUUAAGCUUUCCUAGUGUUGCGACUCCCUGAAGUGUCCUUACACACAUUCCAAAAACACCACAAACUCGCUUCAUUUCCAGAUUGUGAGAAAGUGUAUUUUCAGGUUUAAACGCGAUGAUUGUUUAAGGCACUCAUUUCGAACGAAUGUGUUUUAUAGGUUUUUUUUUUGUUGAUGUUGUUGAGCAUAUUUUUUUUGUUAAUCACUUUUAAGUAAAUAAAAAGAAAACAUAAAUCCGAA